AAAAAAAGUCUCGAUAGAUGAGGCAACGUUGGCAACACAUGGCCGCUGAGCACAAAAGUUAAUCGUUAACCGGUUAAAUUUAGUGAAGAAAAUGGUUGACAACGCUUCAAAAGUGCUGCAGUACAAGGAGACAGUAAAGAAACAGCAGGCAGAGGACCUUAUCAAUAAUGGAUUUCCCAGAAAGAUUGUGGAGCUGAAUGAUCUUCUUGCCACGCCACUUUUUAGCACAAAAAAUCUCGAAGAAGUUCAUGAAGAUCUUAAAGUUCCAGUUCCCUCAUCAAUUAUUUCCAAUAAUCAUGACAGCUGUGAAACUGAAACCAAAAAGAGGAAAUUAGAUGAAGUUACCAGUGGAACACCUGUUCUGGUGCUACCCACAGGAAUUGUUCCUUGUAAUUCUCACAUAAGACAAAUGAUCAAAAUUGUCAAGCCCUACAUAUGGCACUUGGUCGAAGAUGCAAACCUGUUGAAAAUGUGGAUUUCUUUUUUGAUUCCGAAAAUUGAAGACGGCAACAACUUUGGAGUCUCAAUUCAAGAAGAUAUGUUAGCUGAAAUAAGAACAGUCGAAUCUGAAGCCGCAGCCUUUUUUGAUCAGAUUUCCCGAUAUUUUAUCACAAGAGGCAAAAUCGUAACAAAGGUGACAAAAUACCCCCACGUUGAAGAUUUCAGAGUAACUGUCGAAGAGCUUGACGAAAAGGAAUACGUUAGUUUAAAAUUGGUGAUGUGUGAGAUCCGGAAUCAUUACUCAACGCUACACGACAUCAUUAUGAAGAAUUUAGAAAAAAUUAAGAAACCACGUACUUCCAACGUGGACAACUUAUAUUAAAUUCAUUUUGAUGAACGUUUGUUUGUGGGUUUUCACCGAGACUUUCCAUCCGAUUUCCUGUCUAAUGGUGAUGGAAACACAUGAUUGAUAAAUUAAAAAGUCAAUGGAAAUUCA